AUGCCUACGAAUCUUUACCCAGAUAUUCCCCUUCUUCAAGAUCCUGACUCAGAGUCGGCGGACGCUACGGCCUCCGCUCACACCUUCACCUUCGCAUAUCCUGUUCCAGAAGAGGUGUCUCGAAUUCUUCCGGCGUCAGGCACCUAUGGCCCCUUUCGUGUUUGGCGUGUUUUGGGCGAGGGCGGGUACGCUACGGCAAUGGGAGCCCAAGACAUAGCGACAGAUCGCUUGUUGUGUCUCAAGGUCUUCCGGAAGGACCGUCUUAAGUACAUGUCUACAAAAAAAGUUCUUUUGAAUGAACUCGAAGUGUACAAGCGCAUUUCAUUAGCGAUGCCGUGUCCCGCAAUUAGAUUUGUUAUGGGGCUUGAAAUGUCGUUUCAGACAAAGGAUCGAAUAUGUUUGGUCAUGGACCCUCGCGGCCGGCGACCUCUACAAUGUUAUGAGAGAUCGCUCUUCAUAUUGUGUCCAGCAUCGUCGCAGGUGGACUACCCAAAUAGGGCCCCUGGAGCAAACGGUGGGGGUAUACAAGAGGUACAGUGGGAACGACCCCACUGCAUGGCACCGGAGGUCUUGCGCAACAGAACAGACCCCAGUUCUAUGGGGUACGGAAUACCCGUAGACUGGUGGGGGCUAGGCUGUAUCGUCUACCAGCUUGUUUCAAAGACACAUGAGGCGUUAUUUUCAACGGAGGAUGAUAUAUCAUUCUAUGUUUCUUGGUUCUCCAACACUGACAGAGCAUCCAAGCGGUUCCCUGCCUUCGAAGGACUCCAUGAAGUUAUCGCCGAUUUACUUUCAGGGCUGCUACAUUGUGACCCAUACUCACGGUAUGGAUUCCAUGAGCUCAUAGAGCAUAAAGCGUUUUUGCUCCAAUGUGGCAUGUCAGAAUUCUCCGGCGCAUACGCUCGUGCGCUUGAACGCGAAGAACUGCCAGAUUCGCUGCCAGAUUUACGAUGUGGAUUGGACAUUUACGCAGCACCGGUUUGGUUUCGCUUACCUUACUGCGAGAAGCCGCGCGUUUCAAAUGUGGAUUGGGUCAAGCCGGCGCUUCUUUCUACGGACUUAUGA